AUGUCAAGACUUUCUACUCAACUGGUGCUGGUGGUGAUGAUAUUUGGGCUCACUGAAACAGCGGAUGUAACGACAUGGACGGGCUACUUCCAAGAUAAAGCUUUGCGUCUCGCUUAUCAUCUGAACAGUCAUUCUAUCCAGAAACGGAGCACAGGUAGACGAGGUUUCGCUAAACUAGCUUUCGAACAUUGUGGAGAUGAAGAUGAUCCCGUGUACGUGAAGAAUUUUGUGAUUGAGCCGAACCCAGUCCUAGUACCUGGGCAGAUUGGUGUAGGGAUGACUCUAGAUGUCAGACAAAACCAGUCCUCCCCCUUACCGGUUCAACUAGAGAUGAUGAAAAAAGUACCGUUGCUUUUUGGAUUGUCAACGUGGCUGCCUAUUCCCUGUCUGCCAAAUGAUGUGGGUUCCUGCACUUUCGAGGACCUGUGUGCCACCCGCCUAUUUACAGACGGAACAUGCGUAAGCCCCACAAGAAACGUCACAGUUCAUUGUGGUUGUCCGUUUACCAAGGGGGAGUACAACUUAAAACCUGUGGUUUUCAACAUAUCGCAUCUUCCAUCAUCUGUUCCAUCUUAUUUGCUGGCGGGCCAGUUUUACGUUAAAGCUUUAGUGAAAAAAGAUGGCAGACAUCUUGCUUGUUACUCAACGAUUAUCACUCUGGACCUUUAAUUCCAAACAACAGAAGAAUAAAUGAUUCUCGUUGGAUAUCUAUAAACUGACGUCACAAUUUUGUAUAUAUUUCUCUAAGCAAGUGGAUGAUUUUUUCUUUAAAUAUAAAGAAUUACGAGACAUUUUAGAAGCAACAUCCAAUAUUUCCAAUCCUAUUAUAAGCUCUACAAGUGGAUAUAGAAAAAACUCCCGAUCUUGAGUUUCCAAUAUGAACUUCAUGUUCGCGAGUGUACAUAUUCAUGGACAAGACUGUUUUCGCUAAAAUGGUAUUUGAAGUUUUCUUGCACCUAACCAGGUAGAAGUAUCUUACUGUUAUAACUCAGACUCAGAACUGUAUGCCAUUAUCCUGCCUACACAUCAUUGUAAAAAAUAUAUGUACAUAUUUGUAAUUGUUAGAAGUGUAUGCAUGUUGUGUUUAUAUGUAACACAGAUAUCUCCUAAACUAUGUAUGUUUAUUAAUCAGUAUCUGCAGGUUUGGGAAAAAAUCAAAAUCUAGAUAAAAAUUAUGUAAAAGUCUUAGUGUUUUAUUUCAUUUU